AUGAGUAUCUCAACAACUAGCCAUUCCAGCGAAACGAGCUCUUCGUAUGUGAAGCCGAAGAAGGAUCGCCACGCUGGGACCAGCCGGGGCUUGGCUCGGGGGGUGCUUGACCAAGUACGAGCAGAGUUCAACAAAUGGAAAAAAGAACAGGCUGAGGCCGACCCCGAAGGGAUGGAAAGCAAUCUGUUCCGGGCUCCGUUUACUCAGGACAUCAUGGACCAGCCGUACCCAAUGGACCUUCGUGUGCCGGGAAGUAAAGAUUAUUCUGGGCGAACUGAUCCGGAAGAACACAUUAACACUUACCACGGAAACAUGCUGAUGAUGGGGGUGUCUGAUGCGGUAAUGUGCCGAGCGUUCUAUUCGACCUUGACUGGUCGGGCGGCCGAGUGGUUCGCCUCACUCAAACCAGGAUCCAUUGCCGAUUUCGCCGAGCUGGCGAGAAAAUUCAUCCACCGUUUUGCGAUCUCUCGGGCUGCCAAGAAACACUUCACUUCCCUGGAGAAGGCCAAGCAACGAGAAGGCGAGUCCCUGACCCUUUUUAGCGAAAGGUGGAAGGCCGCCGUGGCGGAGAUAGAGCCGGUAGACGAUUGCACCGCGGUCAACCUACUGCUCUCUGCGCUACGGGCGGGGCCUUUAUAUCAGGACCUCGUUCUCCAUCAUCCGAACACUUAUCAAGAAGCCUUGAAGAGGAUGGCCGAUCACGCGGUGGCCGAAGAAGCCAACGCUGCCAAGCGCCUGUUGGAGACCGGAGGACAAGGUUGGAGAGAUGUGAGGCGACAGCCCGAUCCCAGAAGGAAGGAUCAGGAUGGGAAUCCGAUCUAUACUCCCUUAUCGAGGCCAAUCGGGGAGAUCUUAGAGUACGCUCAGUCCUGCAAUAUGAUUCAACUUCCGGCCCCGGCGAGAGAUGGCCCUGACAAGGACAAAUACUGCGCCUAUCACAGGAACCGGGGGCACGAGACUGACGAAUGCCAUGUCCUCAAAGGGCUGAUCGAAGACCUCUUGCGCUCCGGAGAAUUGGCGCAAUUCGCUGCCGAGAAGAAGAAGAACCGACGCCGGGGGUGGAAGAAAUACUUCAAGAGAUCUGACAAAGAGAAGAAGGAUAAGGGACCAGAACCCGACCAUGACCCUCCUGCCGCUGCAUCAAAACAGAUCAUUCACGUUAUCUUCGGCGGGCCGGAGGGGGGCGACAACUCGGAGCGCCGACGAGCUUUGUCGAGGGACUUGCCUGUAUGUUCGAUCAGCACUAGUCAACCUGAGAAGAGAAUGAAAGACGAGCCGAUAACCUUCACCGACCGAGACCUUCCCCUUGGGGGAAAUCAUUCUGCCGAAGCAUUAGUCAUCACUAUUGACAUUUGUGGAGCCGAGAGCCGAGGUCCGAAGGGUGAUGGUAGACACCGGCAGCAGCGUUAA